GCCUUUUACGCGCAGAGAGCCAUGUCCGAGCAGUGACUGAAUAGUGAGAAUAUAAGAAAAAAAAAAUCACAAAAUAUCCAAAUAAUUUGCACAAAAGUGCGUCUGAGUUACUCAAUGUUGAGUUUUUAGUAUUUUACUUUAUGGGAUGCACAUGACAAUCUGUUUGGUGCUAAAUUGUGCAUUUUCUAACAAAGGAGUGUUUUAUUUUACAUGGAGUUUAUAUCAACACAUCACUUUGUUUUCAAUGUGUUCAGCUACAAAUUUGUGCUUUAAGUAACAUGUGUAAAUGAAAGUGCUCUCUUGUUCAUUCUAAUCCACAUAUUUAUUCAUUAGUAAACUUUGCAUGGUUUUCUCACUUCAUUUAUUGCUUCAUUUUGCACUUAACUGUGAAAAUCUCCCCACUUCCUCUCUGUUUGUAAAUGAGCCACAAGAUGGACAAGCUCAGAUUAGGCAUUUACCUUCAUCUGUUUUCCUUUCCUCUCAGUGCCAUUUCUGUGUGUGUGUUUGUGCUGGAGGAGACAUGUAGGACAAGAUUCAUGAGUUUUUCCUACCACAGGAGCUCCUCUGUAGCCCCGGGUCAGAUGCAUCUCCUCUGAACGCUGCAGUGCUCUUCUCUGCUCUCCGCCUGUAGCUCUGAAUGUGUGUGUGUUGUUGGUUUAGAGAGAGAAAAAUAGAAAAUGAUAGAACAGAGCCAGAAAGACCAACUGGAGGCUUUGAAACUCCUCUCGGUGCUGCUACUGUUGCUCAACUCUCUGUUUUUCUAGGAUUGAUCACCAGCCUCUGCCAAUAAACAGCCCUCACUCGGAGGAUCUGAAGCACACGCCGAGGUGCCUUAAUAGAAAAAUCUUUGGCACUGUCACAUCCCUCAAUCACUUGCAUCCCAAAUCCCUCAGUCCCACCUUCAUCCUAACCUCAUUUGUUGGCUUUAUUUUCCACAGAGGCAAUUACCUUCCUUGCGCCAUGCGCCCAUACUUUUGCUGCGAGCUAUGUUAUCUCAGCAGCAGCAGCAGCAAUGCCUGUGCUCACUGAAUUUACAACUGAAAAGCUGCCAGUGGAACAUGCACAACAUAGAAUGUUGUAUCAGACAAGGAUUAGUUUAAUCUAAACUACACUCAAACACUUAAUUGUAAGAAGAUGUGUAAACUGUUAAAGCUGAGGAGAUGGAGUUCGAUUGAUGAACCCGAAGAUCCAAUCAAUGAAAAUCACUGGAGACAAUCAGUUGCAAAGAGUUUAUUGUGCUCUAUUGAGACAGCAAUACAAACAAACUCAAACUAACCUGAGCUUUCAAUGCACCUGCUUUUAUACUCCUCCUCCUCUUACUCGCUAAAGCAGUGAGAUCAGAUUUUACCGCCUUUUUGGGGUUCCAAGGUCCUUAUUUCCAUGAAAAAACCUGGACGCACCAGCUCUUGUCUGCUUCCAGCAGGUUCAGGUCUCUUGAUUGGAUUUUUAAAAAUAAUUAUGGGCUUCAGAAACACAACAUCCACAUAUGAGCACACACAUGUCACCAGAUACAAUCAGCUAUUUACAGGACAUAAUCAUCUGUCACAAAUAUAAUUAAGGCCCACAGGAAACCAUCCAUCUAUUAUCUAUACACCACUUCAUCCUCAUUAGGGUCGCAGGGGGCUGGAGUCUAUCCCAGCUGACUUAGGGUGACAGGAGGGGACACCUGGACAGGUCUUCAGUCCAUCACAGGGCUGCAUAUACAGUAGAGACAAACAAUCACACUCACAUUCACACCUACAGAUAAUUUAGAAUCACAAAUAACCUCAAAAUUUCUCUAGACUGUGGAAGGAAGCUGGAGUACCCCCAGAGAAAACCCACACAUUGACAGGAUAAACAUGCAGACUCCAUGCAGAAAGAUCCCAGGAAAGCCGGGAUGCGAACCGGGGAUCUUCUAGCUGCAAGGCCACAGUGCUAACCACCAAAUCACUGUGCAGCCCAUCUACAGGAAAACAUUAAAAAUAAUGAAAGCCGCAUAUAUCACAAGUGGUCGCGUCCUCUCAGAGCGACAUAUCCAGCUACAUUUCAGUGUUUUACUCAACAAGCGUAAUCUUUGGCUGAUCCUGUCCCUGAGGCUUUUAUCCUCUGCAAGCUCUGUUAUUGUGUGAGGGAUACAAAAGCUGAGACCAUCUGAAGCCUGCAGUCCCCUUCCAGCUGUUGACAGAGCGUCUAUUAUUCCUGGUGUGAGUCCUGACGCAGGAGGAGCCAUCAGCCAGGGAGAAAGGAGGACUUGCAAAUCAAAUUGCUUUAAUCCAUUGAAGCAUCCGUCUUCAUUCUCCAGAGGGCAGCAGGGUGUGAGGAGCUCUGAGCCCUGAUCAUGCCUGGAAAAGGAAAACAAAACUCGUCGCUGAGGAAUUACACGAUGUGGCUCGGUCAGUCAGCUGUGGAGUGCAUGUUGGGGUACGGAUGGCAGGAUUUUGUCUGAUUGACUGAUUUUAUUUGUAUUUUUUAUUUUUGGUUUGAAGUGUCAGUGAUGGUGCGAAGGUCGGUCAAAGUUUCUCAUUAUCUGCCAUCAUUCGUGCAGUCAUUAUAUUUCACAGUGUCUCCUAUCCAACUAACAGAGAAAACAGCUUUAAAGUUGCUCUGAAACAAGAAGACAAACAGUACAGUGUCCCUGUUUGUGUCAUCCUGUCUGCAACCACCAGUCGAAGAAAGAAAGUUUUGCCUCCCUGAUGAGUUCAUUCUGCGUUCGCUGUUUUUAGCCGUAUUCAAACAGAAUGGCUCAUGAUGUCAGCUCGAUUUUUUUUCCCCCCUCCAUCCCCCUUCCACCCUCACCCACAGAGUAAAUGUCUUUGGUUUGGCGCUGUUUGUGAUUAAUGGAACAUCAAAAGCUCAGUGUGAUACAUUCCUGAGGAUAUGAGUCUGCCAGGGACACAUAAACAUCAUUAAUGAACAAGAUGCAGAAUGGAGAGAGACGGAGUGACAGAAGCCGGGUGAGGAAGCAAGCAGGAAGGAUGUAUUUAUUUUUGUCAGUAAUAUGACGCACCUUAUAUUUACCUGGGGUUUGGUAAUGAUUGCCUCCGUGCAGCCACUUUUGAGUGAUGGGGAGACAUUUUGCACCCAGGGAUCUCGUGUGAUUACCCGCCAUCAGUUUGGUGUAUGCGGACAAAUGGAUGGCAGCACCUUUUUUUUCCUCUAAAUCCAUUUGGAAAAUCACAUCUCCCUUUGCUCUUUCAUGCCCACUGGCAGAGAACUCGGAAGUGUACAAAGGAAACUUCUGCGCUCAUCUGUGUGGAGACAGCUAUAUUUAUCUGGGUAUGUAGCUCUCGACUGGGCUUAGAGGCUUAAUUACCCAGAAGAGAGGAAGGCAAAAAAAUGAAAUGCAAUUAUGCAACAGUGUGCGCAGUAUCUUGAAUACUGGAGCUAUUGUAGAUGAGGACAUUACUUCUACCGUUUCCUCCUGAAGAUUUGACCUUUGAGUCGUGUUUUCCUGCAUAACAAAUCUGCAGAUCCUCAAGGAAACAAAUCCAGAACAUUUAAACGGUUUAUUCAAAGCGUUUAAGCUACUUAUUGUAGAAAUCCUCAAAGGUGCUGUCUGUUUUCUUUCCUCGUGAAGACGGAAUAUUUGGGGAUUUUUUAAAGAAUAAUUUGACAUUUAGGUAAAUAGUCUUUAAUGAGCAGAUUUGAGUGCUUUCCCCCCUUCAGGAUGCAGCUUGUUGAUGCUAAGCUAAGUUAACCAGCUGCUGUUUUAUAUGAACUGUGCUGUGAAUUUGCAGAAAACCAUCCCUUUUUUUCAGCAAAAUUAGCAGAAACUGCAAUUGCAAAGGGGCAAAGGUUUACAUUCUAAACCGGCAGGGGAAAACUGGAAAUGUUAAUGACAUGCACUAUACCUUGAACUGCUAAAGCACCCUCAAGCUAGAUUACCAACUUCUCCAGCAAGAGUCGCUCAGAAGGCCAUCAGUAGAACCCUGCAGCUCUGAAUGAAGCUGCACAUGUGUAAAGAUGGGGGAAAAAAAACCAAACACUAAAUUAAAUCUCAUGGCGCGUUUCUCUUUUCUGUGCAUUUCCCGUCCUGGCGGUGUCAGCGUGAGGGAUGUAGAACCAGAGGUGGGGGUAGGAUGGAGUGCUCCUGGAAGACGGUGCUGCUGCUGGUGUGUGCAUCUCUGGGGGUCCAGUACACGGCCAUCCGAACCCUGAGGGACUCCAUGUCGGGACCCUGUCAGGGAGUCUACCGCUGCCAAACCAGAUACCAUAGAGACUCCAAGUGGAGAGCCUUGUGCGAUGACAGCUGGGUGUCCAUUGAGUCGCCUCGGAAGCACAUCCUGCUGUUUGCAACGACUCGCAGCGGCUCCUCCUUCACCGGGCAGCUCCUCAACCAGCAUCCCGGGAUCUUCUACGUGUUUGAGCCUCUCUACCACGUCCAGCAGGCCUUCACCAACUCCAGCAGCAGGCUGCGUCGAACCUUAGACCGCCGGGCGCUGCUGGGAGCCUACAGGGACCUCCUCCUCAACCUCUACACCUGCGACCUUCACUUCAUGGAGAACUACAUUCGCCCCGAGCCACAGGAUCACAUCACCAGCUCCUUCUUUCGCCGGAGCUCCAGCCAUGCCCUCUGUUCCUCUCCUGUGUGCUCGGAAGGAGAGGAUACAGCUGCGUCAGAUUCACCUGAUGAAACCUGGUGUCCUAAGAAGUGUGGCGCGCUGAACCUGACUUUAGCCUCCAUGUCGUGUCUGUCUAAAGGACACGUAGCCAUAAAGACGGUGCGGAUUCCCGAGGUGGGGGACCUUCGCACUCUGACCGAAGAUCCACGUCUGGACCUGAAGAUCAUCCACCUGGUGAGAGACCCCAGAGCCAUCCUCGCCUCGCGCAUGAUGGCGUUUUCCGAUCAGUUUCGAGCUUGGAAAAUAUGGAACGCGACCGGGCGACAGCCUCGAUAUGUGGACCUGUCGCAGAUCACCAGCACCUGUAAGGACAUGGCGGCUUCUGCAGAAACGGGCCUGCAGAGGCCGGCGUGGCUGUGGGGACGCUACCUCCUGGUGCGAUACGAGGACUUGGCCUUCAACCCGAAGGACAAGGCCGCGGAGGUGUACAGGUUCGUGGGGCUGGAGAUGGAGGACAGGGUGAGGAUGUGGAUCGCAAAGAACACCAACAGCAACGUGUCGUCUCCGUCUGAGUGGAACUACAGAUACUCCACCACCAGAGACUCCAGAGCGACGGCAGAGAGCUGGAGGCUCCGGCUCGGUUUUGACAUCGUUAGAACGAUUCAGAAUCUGUGUAAUGACACUCUGGCUCUGCUGGGAUACAAGCAGGUUCACUCUGCAGCCGAACUACGAAACUUGUCACACAGUUUGGUGGAACACAGGACAUUUCAACCGCUCACCUGGUAGAUUUUAGUAAAACUUUGUUAUUCAUUUAUUAUAACAUAUAUGAAGUCUCAAGUCUGUCAAGAUGCUGAUAAAAUGAAUGUAAUUUAUCUUAUUUUUAAGCAAUGCCUAAAAAUAAAUUUAAUAUCACUUGUAUUUUCACUUUUUACAGUUUUGUUAAAGAUAUUACAAGUGCCAAAUUUCAAGCGUGUGUGAUGCUGAAAAAUGCAACGAUCCAAAAUAAAGCUACAUGUGCUGAAAGCUCUACAGAAAAACACCGAACCCUGAUGCGAUUAAGUUGCUAUGUUGUUGUUUUUUAACCUUUAAUUUCCUCACAAUUUCAAUAUUUAUAGAGCUUAAAUGGCAAAAAACCCCAACAAAAAACAGUCCAGAGUCCAGGUUCUUGACGGUAGCACAAACAGGAAAGGAAAGGAUUCAUUUGUUUAAAAAAAAAAAGGGAGGGGGGAAGAGGAAAGAUAAGGAAAAGAAAUUACAGGCCUUGCCUUCCAAGUGUCUCUAAUGCAUUUUGGAAAAGGAUUAAAAUGUCACAUAUCGUGGGUAGAAAAUCUUCAGCGCUGAAAUCUUCUGCAGUUCACAGCAGCUCUGUUUUCAGGAUGUCAAAAAUAUGAGAAAUAUUUGUUGUUUCUUUCACUGUAAAUACUUAAAUACUGAUCAAGUGUUUUAAUGCAAGCGUGCAAAUGUGAUGUACUUGGAUGUGCUUAGACAUUUUUGUCAGUGUAACUAUACUGUUUAUAUUUUUUAGAGUUUUUAAAAUAAAUUAUUCAUAAGUAAUGCA